UUAUAAACUUAACGACGAUAAAAAUAUUCCAUUUCGCGUUCUACGACACCACGAUGAAGUUCCCAAUAGUAAUUUUGGUGGUGGUCGGGCUAAGUGAGAGUGCUAGACUCCCGCGAAAUUUCAAAAAGUGCAAUAGGGCGAAAACGGACUUCGAUGUCUGUUUGUUGGAUGCCGUCAAAAACGCGGUCCCUCAGUUCACUAGACCCUACAAAGAAAUCGAUGCACCUAAUUUCACACCACUGGAAAUAAACGCAAUUGACUUGGACAUCGAGCGAAACAAAAUUUCAGUUAAGCAAAAAUUGAGAAACUGUAAAUUUAGCGGAUUUAACGAAAUCCAGUUCAGAGUUUUCAAAAUCGAUUUUGAGAAUAAAUUUAUGGAAAUAUCGGGACUUUUCCCGGAAUUUAAAAACGACUGUGAAUAUGAGGUUAGUGGAAAAGUUAUAAUUUUGCCGAUUCAAGGAAAAGGGAGUGCCACCACCGUUGCAAAGGCGCUCGACGUGUAUUUGAAAGUACCAUUCAAUGAAACGACCAAAAACGGAAACACGUACUUACAUUUCGACAAUCCUGCGAUGAACGUAACAGUCGGUGACAUCCACUUCCAAGUGGACAAUCUCUUCAACGGCGACAAAGCUCUAGGUGAUAAAAUGAACGAGUUUCUUAACGAAAAUGCCAAGGAGAUUUUCGAAGAAGUCAAAGAAGAUUACAUGAAACUAAUGUCUGAUAUUGGUUUGAACAUAAUGAAUCGCAUCUUCCUCAAAGUGCCAGUGGAAGAAGUCUUCGAUGGCUGAUAAACCGCGCUAAUUAGCGUUUGUUAUUAGUAUUAUUAUUUUCGUAAUAAAUCUCUACGUAAUCUU